UUAUUUGCCCAUCGACAGCGUCAUAUCGACGAGAGGGUGCACCUGCAAGUUUUCAUUCUAUUGCGAGGUCCUCACACAACAAGGCGGCACUGUUUAUUUGCCCAUCGGCAGCGUCAUAUCGACGAGAGGAUGCACCUGGACAAGUUUUGAUUCUAUUGCGAGGUCCUCACACAGCAAGACGGCAUUGUUUAUUUGCCCAUCGGCAGCGUCAUAUCGACGAGAGGGUGCACCUGGACAAGUUUUCAUUCUAUUGCGAGGUCCUCACACAGCAAGACGGCAUUGUUUAUUUGCCCAUCGGCAGCGUCAUAUCGACGAGAGGGUGCACCUGGACAAGUUUUCAUUCUAUUGCGAGGUCCUCACACAGCAAGACGGCAUAGUUUAUUUGCCCAUCGGCAGCGCCAUAUCGACGAGAGGGUGCACCUGGACAAGUUUUCAUUCUAUUGCGAGGUCCUCACACAGCAAGACGGCAUUGUUUAUUUGCCCAUCGGCAGCGUCAUAUCGACGAGAGGGUGCACCUGGACAAGUUUUCAUUCUAUUGCGAGGUCCUCACACAGCAAGACGGCACUGUUUAUUUGCCCAUCGGCAGCGUCAUAUCGACGAGAGGGUGCACCUGGACAAGUUUUCAUUCUAUUGCGAGGUCCUCACACAGCAAGACGGCAUUGUUUAUUUGCCCAUCGGCAGCGUCAUAUCGACGAGAGGAUGCACCUGGACAAGUUUUCAUUCUAUUGCGAGGUCCUCACACAGCAAGACGGCAUUGUUUAUUUGCCCAUUGGCAGCGCCAUAUCGACGAGAGGGUGCACCUGGACAAGUUUUCAUUCUAUUGCGAGGUCCUCACACAGCAAGACGGCACUGUUUAUUUGCCCAUCGGCAGCGUCAUAUCGACGAGAGGAUGCACCUGGACAAGUUUUCAUUCUAUUGCGAGGUCCUCACACAGCAAGACGGCAUAGUUUAUUUGCCCAUCGGCAGCGUCAUAUCGACGAGAGGGUGCACCUGGACAAGUUUUCAUUCUAUUGCGAGGUCCUCACACAGCAAGACGGCAUUGUUUAUUUGCCCAUCGGCAGCGCCAUAUCGACGAGAGGGUGCACCUGGACAAGUUUUCAUUCUAUUGCGAGGUCCUCACACAGCAAGACGGCAUUGUUUAUUUGCCCAUCGGCAGCGCCAUAUCAACGAGAGGAUGCACCUGGACAAGUUUUCAUUCUAUUACGAGGUCCUCACACAGCAAGACGGCACUGUUUAUUUGCCCAUCGGCAGCGUCAUAUCGACGAGAGGGUGCACCUGGACAAGUUUUCAUUCUAUUGCGAGGUCCUCACACAGCAAGACGGCAUUGUUUAUUUGCCCAUCGGCAGCGCCAUAUCGACGAGAGGGUGCACCUGGACAAGUUUUCAUUCUAUUGCGAGGUCCUCACACAGCAAGACGGCAUAGUUUAUUUGCCCAUCGGCAGCGUCAUAUCGACGAGAGGGUGCACCUGGACAAGUUUUCAUUCUAUUGCGAAGUCCUCACACAGCAAGACGGCACUGUUUAUUUGCCCAUCGGCAGCGUCAUAUCGACGAGAGGAUGCACCUGGACAAGUUUUCAUUCUAUUGCGAGGUCCUCACACAGCAAGACGGCACUGUUUAUUUGCCCAUCGGCAGCGCCAUAUCGACGAGAGGGUGCACCUGGACAAGUUUUCAUUCUAUUGCGAGGUCCUCACACAGCAAGACGGCACUGUUUAUUUGCCCAUCGGCAGCGUCAUAUCGACGAGAGGGUGCACCUGGACAAGUUUUCAUUCUAUUGCGAGGUCCUCACACAGCAAGACGGCAUUGUUUAUUUGCCCAUCGGCAGCGCCAUAUCGACGAGAGGGUGCACCUGGACAAGUUUUCAUUCUAUUGCGAGGUCCUCACACAGCAAGACGGCAUUGUUUAUUUGCCCAUCGGCAGCGCCAUAUCAACGAGAGGAUGCACCUGGACAAGUUUUCAUUCUAUUACGAGGUCCUCACACAGCAAGACGGCAUUGUUUAUUUGCCCAUCGGCAGCGUCAUAUCGACGAGAGGGUGCACCUGGACAAGUUUUCAUUCUAUUGCGAGGUCCUCACACAGCAAGACGGCAUUGUUUAUUUGCCCAUCGGCAGCGUCAUAUCGACGAGAGGGUGCACCUGGACAAGUUUUCAUUCUAUUGCGAGGUCCUCACACAGCAAGACGGCAUUGUUUAUUUGCCCAUCGGCAGCGUCAUAUCGACGAGAGGGUGCACCUGGACAAGUUUUCAUUCUAUUGCGAGGUCCUCACACAGCAAGACGGCACUGUUUAUUUGCCCAUCGGCAGCGUCAUAUCGACGAGAGGAUGCACCUGGACAAGUUUUCAUUCUAUUGCGAGGUCCUCACACAGCAAGACGGCAUUGUUUAUUUGCCCAUUGGCAGCGCCAUAUCGACGAGAGGGUGCACCUGGACAAGUUUACAUUCUAUUGCGAGGUCCUCACACAGCAAGACGGCAUUGUUUAUUUGCCCAUCGGCAGCGUCAUAUCGACGAGAGGGUGCACCUGGACAAGUUUUCAUUCUAUUGCGAGGUCCUCACACAGCAAGACGGCACUGUUUAUUUGCCCAUCAGCAGCGAAUGUAG